GUGAAACCGAAACUAAAACACUGACCGCCAGAAUUACGGUUUUCCAGCAUUUUACUUAUUUAAAUCUUAAAACAUUUCACAAUUAACAACGGAAAACUCGUUGUUAUGGAGAUAUAGUAUUCUAGUGAGGAGCCUAUUCCACAAAAACACUGUGCACUUUGAAUAGUUUAACAACUUAAAAAAUGCAUCCUGUAAGCACCAUCGUCAGAGCAUAUAACACAACCAAUGAUAAUGAAUUCAACCUGACUGAAUGUCCUGAAUAUGACACUGAAAGUCUGCAUUAUUUUUCAGAUGUUUCAGGUACCAAAUUUGACGAAGUGGAUAUGCUAUGUAGUCGUUUCGUAUAUGACAGUUUGGUCAAGGUAACCGUUGUGGAUUUCGCAUGUCCACUACUGAAUUACUGUCACACAAAAUCCGUCAAAAGCAGUACUUUAAAGACAGUAAACACGGAAAUGUUCACAGAUGAAAACAAAACAUUAAUUGAUGAAAACAAAACAUUAAUUGAUGAAAACAAAACAUUAAUUCAUAAAAAGAAAACAUUAACUGAUGAAAACAAAACAUUAUUCAUUGCCCCUGUGAAAACAUUAUCCUUUAUAUCUACAAAGACAAUAUCUAUUAUGUCUGCAAAGAUGUUAACGCUAUCUAUUUUCUUUGGAAAUGUAACUACACAAUAUGCUUAUUGGUUAAUAUUCAUUCGGUCCCGAUGUGCUAUGCACACUCUGUGCUGUUUUAUCCAUUAUCAAGGGAAAUCGAGUCUAUGUUCUGUACUGUACAUUUCAAAAGGUUUGAAAUCAGCAUUUAAGCCAUUGGUAAACAGCCUAAAGCCAGCAGAGAGAUAUUUCUCAUCAGCACAGAUAGGUUCCUCUGACAAAUCAUUACUGAAGAACCUACAAACUGAAAACAGAUCCCCAGAACCUAAAACCCCCAAAUAUCGACCAGAGAUUUUAGAAAAUAAUACAACUAGAGUCCUGGACAACCCAGCAAAUUGUAUGAUGACUAAUUUAAAAAUUAUCAAUAUCAGCAGUGAUAGCAAUUUACCGCCUUGUGAAAGUCGCCACUCAGGAAGCAGUGAUGCCAGAAUCAGUGAUGCAAAAAGCAGUGAUGUCAGCAGCAGGAAUGCCAAUAACAGUGAUGCCAAUAACAGUUGUGUCAGAAGCAGUGAUGCCAAUAGCAGUGAUAUCAGAAGCAGUGAUGCCAAUAGCAGUGAUAUCAGAAGCAGUGAUGCCAAUAGCAGUGAUGUUAGAAGCAGUGAUGCCAAUAGCAGUGAUGUCAGAAGCAGUGAUGCCAAUAGCAGUGAUGUUAGAAGCAGUGAUGCCAAUAGCAGUGAUGUCAGAAGCAUUGAUGUCAAUAGCAGUGAUGCCAAUAGCAGUGAUGUCGGAAGCAUUGAUGCCAAUAGCAGUGAUUUCAGAAGCAUUGAUGUCAAUAGCAGUGAUGCCAAUAGCAGUGAUGUCGGAAGCAUUGAUGUCAAUAGCAGUGAUGUCGGAAGCAUUGAUGCCAAUAGCAGUGAUUUCAGAAGCAUUGAUGUCAAUAGCAGUGAUGCCAAUAGCAGUGAUGUCGGAAGCAUUGAUGUCAAUAGCAGUGAUGCCAAUAGCAGUGAUGUUGGAAGCAUUGAUGCCAAUAGCAGUGAUGCCAAUAGCAGUGAUGUCAGAAGCAUUGAUGUCAAUAGCAUUGAUGCCAAUAGCAGUGAUGUCAGAAGCAGUGAUGUCAAUAGCAGUGAUGUCGGAAGCAUUGAUGUCAAUAGCAUUGAUGCCAAUAGCAGUGAUGUCAGAAGCAUUGAUGUCAAUAGCAGUGAUGCCAAUAGCAGUGAUGUCAGAAGCAUUGAUGUCAAUAGCAUUGAUGCCAAUAGCAGUGAUGUCAGAAGCAGUGAUGCCAGAAGCGGUAAUAACAAUAGCAGUUAUGCCAGUAGCAGUGAUGUCAGAAGCAGUGAUGCCAGUAGCAGUGAUGUCGGAAGCAGUGAUGCCAGAUACAAUGAUGAGAUGGUUCGGUAUGCUUCAUUUGGUGAAUUCCCCUCCACCUCGACCUGGCCUAAUCGUCUGGCGGCUGCAGGAUUCUACCACAGUGGACUGGACGAUCAGGUGACCUGCUACAGCUGCGGGAUGACCCACAGGAAAUGGAGGCGUACAGAUGACCCCAUGGAGAUUCACAGACGGGUGUCUCCUGGCUGCAGAUUCGUCCUCAAUCAGGAAGAGAACCACCCCGUGGAGGUGCAGGAAGAGGCCCGUGGUCGACUCAUAAGGAUUAGCGGAGUAUCGCCAAACUUACUAUCAAACCUGCUUUCUCGACAGACUGACAGUACUGACCCCACUGUGCAGGCAUCGUCGUCCACUGGUACCGGAUCUGCCAUACCAGUAACGUCAACAACCAGCAUGGAGUCCGCCAUGAUGGUGACUUCAUUCGAUGCCGCUAAUAGCAGUGAGAGUUUGCUGAUCGACAGGCCGAUUACAGACAACGACCUGUAUGGCUCUCCUUCAACAGCUGGCGGUAAUCUGACCGUGGGCCACGGAACCACGCAGACAGUUGCAGCCAGUGCUGGGCUGACGACGGCGGACACUGUCAGAUCCACUAAUGUCCAGCUGUCAAGGAACUUAGACAGACCUCCACGGACCUGGCAGCAGCCGAAGUAUCCCAAGUAUGCUGAUUUGGAUACACGUAUUUUGACGUUCGCCGGACGAUGGCCACACCCAAACAACCAGACUCCACGGCAGCUAGGGGAAGCAGGUUUCUUCUUUUCAGGAAAUUCUCGAGAUAGCACAACAUGCUACUUUUGUGGUGGUGGUCUUAGAAACUGGAUACGGGGAGACAACCCAUUCGUCGAACAUGCCAGAUGGUUUUCGCGGUGCGAGUUCAUUAGAGAGGUCAAGGGAGACAAAUUUGUUGUCCUAGUUCAAGAAAUGAAUGAAAACGAAGAAGAGAUUGACUAUAACCAGGUGAUGGCGAUCGUCACAGACACGAGACCGAUGACUGAACGACUGGGGAUCAGAAUUCGACAUGUCGAUGCCACCCCAAAUGAUCCACAAACAGAGAGUAUGCAAGACAAUCUUCCCGGAACCAGCAGUGAGAACAGCAAUACAAACACCAGCAGUAAAGAGGCUCUUAGUACAGCUCCCGGGCCCGCCACUGAGGUCACAGGGGAGCAGUUGACGUGCAAGGUGUGUCUGGAGAACAACGUGAACGUCGUCUUCCUGCCGUGUGGACAUCUCUGCUGCUGUGUCGACUGCGCCGCCAGACUCAGGAAGUGUCCUCUCUGUCGGUCCAGAAUCGAAGGCACUGUUCGGGCGUACUUGGGUUGAACUUCAGCUUUCAUACAGUUCCACUAAAACGUAUACGCAAAAGAAAUUAUUCUGUCUUUGAAUCUACCGUAUGAAGUAUAAUAAUGAGUGGAGCAUUGUUGGAAUACACUUAAACUUUCUUAGUGCUUAUACACAGUUCCACCAAACAUUCAACACAAAAGAAAUUAUUCUCUCUUUGAAUCAAGUACUAGUAUACUAAUGAGUGGAGCGUUCUUGGGAUGAACUUCAACUUGAUUAGUCCUUAGUGAUUAGUUUGACCAAAACGUCUACACAAAAGAAAUUAUUCUUUCUUUGAAUCCAUUAUACGAAGUAUGAUUAUGAGUGCUUAUUGUCUAAAUGCAAGUUUGUGGAUAUACAAGAGUCUUUUGCUGAACUUACGUUUUUAAGCCACUUUGGAUUCUUUGUUCCUGGGUCCAUCAUACAGCCAGAGCAAGCUUAUAAUUAAUUGUUUGACGUAUUUGUUUGCUAAGUCUUAAAUAUAGCUCUAUAAUUACUUCAUGGUGUUAUAACUUUAAGUUAUAUGUUUAAAAAAUCUUAUUACCGUCGUUCAUUCGUGGUACAAAGAUAAGUAGCAAGAUGUGACAGUACGAUAGUAGCUAUAUCCGGUGUCAAGCCCAGGCAGUGACACAGAAGGCUAGUGUAAUGUACGGUACGCGGUAACUUCGGACUUCGUUAAUCUCGUCCCAGUAAUCUCGGCCCAUAAAUCUUUACGCAUUUAUUUCUAUAUGUUGACGUCAUGUUUGUAUUAGUCGUGGGUCGCAACUUUUGACGUUACGUCUAUAUAUUAAAUACAAUUUGAAACUUGCCCAUGUAUUCAUUUUAGGUCAUUCACAUUGGGAAGUAAAGUAAUAACAUAUGCCAACUUAACAUAAUCAAUGCAACAUUAUAUCAGAAUAUGGCUAAUUUUAACUUUAUUAACAAUUUAAUAUACUUUUUGUUUAGGUACACAUAAAAACAAACCCAAACACCAGCAUAUUUACAUCAGUUCUAUCAAACUAUUACAGUAAAUUUUACUCCACACAAUCGAUUAUGGAUUAUAAUAGAUAAUUGAAACAUCACUAGGUAAUAGUAAAUAAUAAUUUAGUUAUACAUUUUUAAAGUGUAUGAAAAUAGGUCGACUCACCAUAGAAUGAUCAGAUUGUGAGUGACAAGUAUCGCAUGUCCACUGUAUGAACAAAAAAGUAUUUAAUACGUAAUUUUAGUGACAAAAACAGUUCUGUUACCUAGAAACAUCAUUGUCAUCAUACAGUAUCCCCUUCAUAGUCCAUUCCUUGACGUGGUGAGGGGGCUUGUUUGUCUCAGUAACCCAGAGAGCUAUGCCAGCAGGAGCUUUGGCUUCUGUUAGGGACAGCCAAGCUGGACUGGUCAAUGGGUAGAGGCUAGACUGAUAUGGACUAAGGGUGAGGUAACCCUAACAGGUAUUGGGCCGCAGGGCGCGCUCUAAUAGACCACAAUACCAUGCAUCAACAGCUAUUAUGACUACAUCAUACAGUGUAAGAAAACUCUUGAUUGUCCGUUUAAUGUUCUGCUUGAUAAAAUGAGAACACUUGAAAGUAAAGUCAUUGGAUCACAGGCAAAACUUGAAGCGGUAUAUCACGUAAAUUUAUGUGAAAAUACUUGUUGGCAAAUAAAACGUACAAUAAGAAUAUUCAGCAUGAUGUAACCAAGACAAUUAACAAUGCAAGUGGUAUCAAAGUCUGUGAUGACAGUGAUGUUUUGUUGUUAGCUGAAUUGCUUGGUUAAUAUCGGUCUCGGUGGCGCAGUGAGUUCCUAAGGGCUCAAUAGGUAUAUGUAAGACCACUAUUUCCUCUUCUCUCUCACUAACCACUAACCAACAACUAACCCACUGUCCUGGACAGACAGCCCAGAUAGCUAAGGUGUGUGAUCCCAGGACAGCGUGAUUGAACCUUAAUUGGAUAUAAGUACAAAAAUAAUUUGAAAUGAAUGAAAUUCUUGGUUAAUUGCGAAUACGAAAUGAAAUCUUUAUGGUUAGGAAAAUGUUCCGAUUCCAAGAUUGAAAUGUAGAGAACGACGUCCUGGCCUGGUGCUUAUAAAACGUUUAGAAUCUAGACUCAAGACUUUAAUAGAGUCUGAGACUUUAACGUCAUGGCAACGCCAUACAAAUUGUAUGCGUGUGACGUCAUUAGAGACUGAGUCUGGACUCUAAAAGUUUUAUAAGUACGGGCCCAGAGAUCAAUAAUUAAAUUUUCGUUACAUUCAUAUAGUGUUAUUAUUUGUAGGUAUGUUUCAAGUUUAAUUACAAGUAUUAUCUGUUAUUUAUUUUACGUUCAUCGGGGUAUGAAAAAUCAUCCAAAAACUUAUGUGAGAACGACUUUGACAAUUCACAGUUUGGGGAUGAUUUUAUUUUUUCAUACUCUUAUGAACGUAAAAGAAAUAACAGACAACACAUGUAAUUAAAUUUGAAACAUACCUACAAAUAAUAACACUAGAUGUCAUUGUUUUAUUUUUAAUUAUUGUUUUGGUUCUAAACACAAAACCAGAAACUGUAAAAUGUAAUUUUAUAUUGUUGAUAAUUAACACACAUACAUUAAUGAACUUUUUAAGUUUAAAUAAUAGUGUGUGUUUCAUGCCGGUUUUUAAAAAAUAUCUUCUUCAAAUUUAAUAUAGUUGCUAUGGUACCAUUUGAUUAUCAGUAGUUUAUCAUGUAUAUGCAGUUAUUGAAUUUCAAACAUUUACAGAUUAAGUAGAUCAGAGUAAAAUAAACAUUAAACUAAAAUAAUUUGGAUUUUGAAGUUUUAAUAAGAAAAUCAAUAUAUGUGAUACAUUUAUAAAUACACACAUUUGUAUUUGAAAUUUCCAGACAGACAACUUAAGAGUAUGUUGGAUUAUAAAUCUGCAAUGAAAAUAAAUGCUUUCAAAUAUAAAAAAAUAUACCACGUGAAAUACGGUCACAUUGAUAUUCACAGUUAUACUAGUAUUUCACACAUAGAUUCCAUAUGUAUAUAGUAAUUUGUGUAGAGAUUGCUCUAAAAAUUUUUAUCUAAUUAUUAAUAUUUGAUAUUUAUGGUAUACACGUAUUCCCGAGUGUCUGAUUUAUACUGCUUUUUGUACCUUAGUUGACACCCAGUUGCCGAUGUAUUUUGUUGGGUUGGGGUGUUGUCAAACAUUCAUUUAUUAAUUCAAAUUCUGUUUUUAUGGUAUAUUCUUGAAUAUUUUAUUUUUCUUGUAUAUUCCUCAGUUCGAUUUUAUACUGUUUUAUGGUAUAUUCCUAAGUGUCUGAAUUUAAACUUUUUAAAAAAUAUAUUCCUGAGUUUGUGUUUAUACUGUAUUUAUGGUAUAUUCCCGAGUGUCUGAAUUUAUACUGCUUUUAUGGCAUAUUCAUGAGUGUCCAAUAUUAUACUGUUUUGAUGGUAUAACCAGUUCACACAGUUUGAGGAUGAUUGUUUUUUGUUCAUACCCCGAUGAACUUAAAAGAAAUAACAGACGAUACUGUGCUGCUGUCAGAGUCUGUUGAUGGUCUGCAGAAAAUAUUAGAUUCGUUAUAUACUUAUAGUACUAAAUGGAAUAUUGCUGUAAAUAUAGAAACAAAUUGUUGUAUUCAGAAGCAGGAGGGAAAUUACUACUAAAGACAAAUGGACUUACAAUGACAAUAUAAUCCAAGCGGUUGAUAGUUUUAAUUAUCUUGGAUUAAUGUUUAAUUACAAUGGUAAAUUUACAAAAACUAAAAAAUUAAAACUGCAGUCUCUGGAAUAUUUUUAUUAUUUAAGCAUAUAGAAUAGAUGAUUCAGUUCUGUUUGGUACAUAAAAGGUCCACCACAUCACUAUAGUUUGGCAAUGCUCGCUUAUGUACAUUAUCUAGGUUGAACUACAAACGCAAUGGCCAGCUUUGUUUUUCUUCAUUUAGCGGGACGCCAGUAGAACUGGGACUUUACAUGACUUGCGCAGGCGCUGACCUUAUCACGUGAUUUUGAACAAAUUUAAC